AUCAUCAUAUCAACAAUCGGACUGAUGUAAAUGCAAGCGUCGCUGUCGGCUCGUCUCCUUUGCAUCUUACACCAUCGUCUAAUAUUGCUCUUUUCCUUCUGUACGCUCUUUUUGCUUCUGUUCUGGCCCACCAUUGAUUUCAUCGUCCCGGGGGUCUGUGUGUAACUUUCAACUAUGCCUAAUCUCUCCACCUUCAUAUCGUACGGUAAAGCGCUGCGGAAGCCAAAGGGAUUCAAUGCUCUUCGUCACUUCGAUUCUCCCAAUUCACCUCAUCAUCCAUACGCGUCGCCAGAUAUCGUUCAUAUUACCCCUACCCAGAGCCUCCAGAGUAACGAAGACGAGGAAGAUGCCGCUCAACUACCGUUCCAGUCUCCAUCGAGCUCACAAUUGGCUCCGGCUCGUCCAUCGACUCCACCCAGAAAGCUCGAUGUAGAACUGCCUUCAGGCUCGAUGUCGGAUUGGAUACCCUCUCAUCUGCUGGACGAGAGGAUGUAUAAUGGGAGGCUGAGCCAUCAAUCUCCUGGCGCUGGUAGCAGUAAGCUUCCCCCAGAAGAACAUACGAUUACUCAGGAAGGACUUACAAGUAAAGAAGACGAGGAACUUCUCGAUGAUGAUGAUGAAAGUGUCUAUGAUGAUGAUGAUUACUCUUCCUCAUCCUCUAACGACAGUAACAUUGUCGCAAACUUAGAGGCAAUGAAUGCUUCAAGCUUUGUCAAGACUGAUGAGAAGCCUCCCCGUGGGACGAUACCUUCUUUCAAAAGGACUGCGCCUUCACCAAUCAAAAUACCUAAUCCAUCUAUGCAUGGUCCAAAAGUACAAAUCAUCAGGUCCUCUGGUGGGUCAAAAGGAACCUGGCAUUCGCCAUCCCGGCCUGAAUCAAUUCACUCUGGAGACGAAUACUCGGCGAGCGCUGUUUCAGGUACUACAUUAGCUCGGGCACUGAUUGGAAACACGUUCGUAUUAUCAACUGAUGAGCGUGAUGAGCGUGCUGCGAGGUAUCGAAGUUGGGGUUCAGUCCUGACACGUACCGAUUCAGCCACCCUUCCUCGCGAUGAAAACCCCUUCCUUUCUCCUCCGAUGUCGCACGGUACUCCGGACACCAAUCAUUCGUUAGUCCCACUACCCCCCAAUGCUGAUUCAGUCUAUAUACCGCCAAAGAACCCGCGGCGGCUCAGUGAUGCUAGACGAAAGCGUCAGAGUAUCAGUAACUCAAUUCCGCGGAGCGAUUCAGAGGGAGAAAUAUUGGCACGUUCCAAUAGCAUCGGAGCACCCUUGCCCUCUGAUGCUCAACAAUCCCAUAUUUCAGAGACCGACACUGCCGUGGUCAAUAACAAGCCGAGCUUAUUAAACGAUGAGAGCAUAGCUCCUUCCGCACCGGAUACCGCACAAUCUCCAUAUCUUUCUCCAAAUUAUGCGCGCCCAGUGUCCCAUGCUUCCUCUGAUGGUGGAUCGUCUAAUCGACCAACAUCCUCAACAUCCUCAGGCAAGGGUUAUGAUACCAUGCUGGAUGACUACUAUUCGAAUGCCGAUCUCACGUCACCCGCUAGUCCCGACCCAGUAGUCUCGGGAGGUCACAUACCAAUGACGCUUGAUAACCCCCACUUUCGGCCCCCGUUUUCACCCAUCACUGAAGAAUCGAGUUCUCAGUUGUCUCCACCCUCUCCUUACAGGCGUGAUUCUAAACGUUCUACAGGGAGUACUGGAUCUCCGAAUGGUCCACGAGCAACAAGAGGAACACAGCGGUUACUGCCCAUUGGAGAAAGCUCCCAACGGAAUGAACCUGCAUCUCCGGAACCUACUUCUGCUUCUUCGUCGAUAUUUGCUCCCCCUGUUUUCAGCUUUUUUAAUAGACAACGUUCGGGGAGUGCUCCGAAUCCUAUCAAAAUUGUACGCGACUCUCAGGACCUCACAUCGUUCAAUCUCAUCAGUACGCGACCGAUAUCUACCGCGAGUUCUCCGACAAGUAGCAACGAUUACUCCCAUCAAGAAUAUGUGAAACAAACCUUCCCUGAAACUCCCAAUGCAUUUAGUCCGCUAUGGUCAGCCGGCUCGAUGGCUUCGCCCGGGAUUCCCGGACCAAGUGAACGACGUUCUGAGGAUCAAAUUCUUAUCGCUGUGCCCCCCACACCAAUGACGGGCGCCGGCGAGCCGAUGCCAGCUCUUGCGCAUCAUAUGCUCGCGCGCGCGGCUUCCUCUGUCAGAGGAGCAAGACACACCAGACAGCUCAGUAAUAAUCGAGCAAGGACAGUGGCCACACACACUCAUGCUAGCAAUCCCGCAGAUAUACAGAGUUCAUCACCCUCGAUAGCUCUUGAUCCAGAGCCAGAAGUGAAGGAGGACGAAGGGUCCAAGCGCAAAGCGGCAUACCCAUCCUGGAUUACUCAAAAAGUUCCAAAUUCCGACGACGAACCAUCGCCGUCUCUAAAGAGUGAUACGGUCAGCCCAACAGGAAGUCAUCAUUCACAGGCGGCCUCGUCGAUCUUGCGGGAGGAUUCAGCAGGUGAAGUUACAGUCAGGAAGGACGAACUUGUAAAUAAUUCCUCCCAGUUGUCGCUUACUGUCAGAGGGCUGCCGCCAUUGCCGCCUUCUCCUUCGUUGUACAGUCCUCUUCCGGGACAACCCCCUGGUUUGCAUCAGGUAGCAUCGACUACUUCUCUCGUAGUUCCUGCCCAAUCCGAUAUCGCAUCCCCGCCUGAAGACUCCACUCUUUCGCAGUCGACCGUUUCAGGAUCAGCUGCACCCCCUUCUCCUCACCCGUUUCCUUCUUUCCCUGCUUCACAACACACCAACUAUACUCCAGGGUCAGCGGGUUCAUCGGCAGAGACAGAGACAGAUAUGGAAAACACAGCGUCUAUACCCUCUUUAGGUUCGCCACCGCCAUAUUAUACCCUUGUUUUUGAUCAAGGUCCCGGUCAUGGAAACUCGACUCCGACCUCUGGAGGGUCCAACCUUGUGACUCCUAAUACUCCUCCCAGUAGUCGUGCCGACUCUUCGCGGCAGUCAAUGUCUAGCAUUGGGGCACGACGUGGACGUAGUCGCCCCCCUUUACCCAUCGGUCCUCGUCGACCCAGCCACACAGCAAUCAACCCAGUUGGACGACAACGCAAUGGAUCUAUCUCCUCGCUUAACAGUAAUGCUUCCAAGCUAUUACGUACAACGUCCUCUGCACCUCACUCUCCUCGUUUUCAAUCGCCAGCCCCUAAGUGGAGAGGUUACACCAUGGAUGCUGCGAAGUGGACUUUUACCUCCGCUCAGCUUCAAGCUAUCGUUUCUCGAGCAAUAAGACAGUCGGCAGAGGCAUCUGCCAUUCGCUUGUUGCGUCUAGAAACUGUUGAUCAAGAUAUUCCAACCGAGUUACAUAGGCUAGAACUGCAACGGACGGACAUCAAAACACGGUACAAGAGGUUGACUCGCAGACGCACAGAGAUGCUGGCUACCCUGACGUCGUAUUGCGAUGGAACUUUCCAUGAAGAUGCGACUUCGUCGUUACGUGUCAUCAACGAACUUCGGGAUGUUACUAGCACCCUUGACCGUCUAGCAGAAGAACUCUAUAAUGCAGACGAACAAAUAUCCCAGCUGACGUCUUUGAGAGACGUUCAUGACGCGAGCUCCCUUGCCAUGGCAAUCAGAAAAUUGAAUGCAAGCUUCCUCAAGCAGCUCGCUAUAUCAGAUGCCCUUCGUUCACAAGUGGUGGCACUCGAAGCAGAACGAGAUGAUGCUUGGAAGCAAGCAGAAACACUGGCUCAAGAUUUUGAUCGGAUUAAUGAAAAAGGCGACAAUGGCGAUGGUCCUUCAUUCAAUCGUUCGGGUCGAGUAACGGCAAUGAGGAAAUCAAGUAUCCGUGUCUCGAAGGCAGGCUUGCGUUCCACUCGGUCAUCCAUAAGCAGCACACAUAGGCUCAGUGCUGCAUCUUUUUCCGGUGGUAUUAAAUCUGCGUUCUCUAUUGAGGAUAUACCACCAGUUCCUCCAAUUCCUCGACGCCCUCACCGGCCUGUCGAUAUCUCUACGGAUCUGCCCUCCACCCGAUCAUUCAUAGCGCUUUCGACGGAUGGGCCCACACCAAAUACAGAAACUAGGGCAAUGUAUGAAGAACUCUGUGAUAUGCUUGGUAUUCCUUCGAAUGAAUUUAGGCCGCGUCGAUCCCAGUCUGUCGUCGAACGGGCUCGAUCAUCAGCAAACGAAGAUGAGAAGAGGGCUUCUUACAAAGGCACCGAAUCUCGUUCCAGUACCAGUGGAAGUCGGCCUCUAUCAAUGCCAGAUCGUUCCGGGCUAACAGAAGUAUAUCAGAACAUGUCGGCCGAUGGUGACGCGAUGCUAGCGACGUUGGGCUUGCUUUCAGAUUCCGACUGAUUCUUCUGUUCUAUUUCGUUUCUUCUGUUCUAUCUAUUUGUCGAUAUCUGUUUGGAUAAUAGUCAUUCUUUUCUCUUGCUUGCUGUGUAGUAUUAAUUGCAUUUAUCAUUAUGGACCGCGUGUCUUGAGCAAGCCUCAC